CCGCCAUCUUAGGUGCGGGCAGGGAAGCUGCCGCAUUGAGGUCGUGCCUCACACUGCUCGGCAGAAACGGGAAGUAGCUGCGCCGGGGAAGCGGGCGAUUCACCCCACCCCCUACCCUGAGGAGGGAGAGUUUACGCCGUUCUCACGCUUCCUGUUCAGCUCCACGGGGGUUGCAUGACGCUUUGGCGAUGAACGCAGCCAGAAGUGGCUACCGAGUCUUCUCAGCCAACUCCACGGCAGCCUGCACCGAGCUGGCGAAGAGGAUCACGGAGCGUCUUGGAGCUGAGCUGGGAAAAUCUGUGGUGUACCAGGAAACUAAUGGAGAAACAAGAGUUGAAAUAAAAGAAUCCGUCCGAGGACAGGAUAUCUUCAUUAUACAGACAAUCCCCAGAGAUGUGAAUACUGCUGUCAUGGAGCUGCUGAUAAUGGCGUAUGCACUGAAGACUUCCUGUGCUAGGAACAUCAUUGGAGUCAUCCCGUACUUCCCCUACAGCAAACAGAGUAAAAUGAGGAAGAGGGGUUCUAUAGUCUGCAAGCUACUGGCUUCGAUGCUUGCCAAGGCAGGUUUAACACACAUUAUCACAAUGGACCUUCAUCAAAAGGAAAUUCAAGGCUUCUUCAGCUUCCCAGUAGACAACCUGAGAGCAUCUCCUUUCUUGCUUCAGUAUAUACAGGAAGAAAUUCCAGAUUACAGAAACGCAGUUAUUGUAGCCAAAUCUCCUGAUGCAGCUAAAAGGGCUCAGUCUUACGCUGAGAGACUACGGCUGGGACUAGCAGUGAUUCACGGAGAGGCUCAGUGUACAGAGCAGGACAUGGAUGAUGGUCGUCACUCCCCUCCGAUGGUCAAAAAUGCGACUGUGCAUCCUGGUCUGGAGCUGCCUUUGAUGAUGGCCAAGGAGAAGCCACCAAUAACUGUGGUUGGAGACGUUGGAGGAAGAAUUGCCAUCAUUGUGGAUGACAUCAUUGAUGAUGUGGAAAGCUUUGUAGCUGCUGCAGAGAUCCUGAAAGAGCGUGGAGCCUACAAGAUUUUUGUGAUGGCUACUCAUGGGCUCCUGUCAGCAGAUGCCCCCCGUCUCAUAGAGGAAUCCUCCAUUGAUGAGGUGGUAGUAACCAACACGGUUCCUCACGAGGUACAGAAGCUGCAGUGCCCCAAGAUAAAGACUGUGGAUAUCAGUUUGAUUCUCUCUGAAGCCAUCCGACGAAUCCACAAUGGCGAGUCCAUGGCCUAUCUCUUUCGUAACAUUACUGUUGAUGACUAGACCUGGUGCUGCCCCUGUCUUGGCUUCCACAAGAGAAGGAAAUACGCAUGAAAAGGCAAUACCAUAAAUUAUAGGCAUAAUGCAAUUUUUAUUCUUGUAGGAGCCUGAAGGUUUUCAGGAUCUUGAGAUCUAAUAGGAAAAAAAUCAACCUGACCAGCACUUUACAGGUGAAUAGAAGAGGCCACUGGCAAUGAAUGGGAAGGAUUACUUCUUAAUUAAGAGAGACAGAGAAAUGAAGUGGUGUUGAAUUUUUGACUUCCUUUAAUAUUUUUUUUAGUGUGUUAUCUCUUGUUCUGUAGUGGGGGAAAGAAAAACAAAAAAGAAGUAGCUGUCAGCUUGUGAGAAAGGAAGAGACACUGCUCAUUGCUCUGUGUGGGCAGCAAGAGGAGACAGUCUUCGGGUUUCUGUUUCUCAGUGUGACUCGCCUGAGAGCACAGAGGGGAAUGUUUCUUUCAGGAGCUGGGCUGGACUUCAUGCUGCUGGCAGAGCUGAUCAGCAGAGCAGCUUGCCAGCUGAGUGGCCUCUCAUCUCUUGCACAGCAUAGCAAGGACUUUCAUCAAAACUAAGUUAGCGGAACAUCCAGAAAGGGCAGCUUAGGGCAACCCAUUUGCAGGGCUACUCAUCCUUGUGGUGGGGUGCUGGGAACAAGCUCACAUGUGUCUCCCAGCAAGGCAAGGGAUGCUAGUUAAUGCGCUGGCCUUUUUAUUUUGUGAACUUUGGGUCAUUGUUGUUCUUCAGUGGCAAGUCACAUGAAGGUCUGGGUCUUCACUUGAACGCUUGUCUGCACUGCAAAACCAGGCACAAUUUCUGGAGUUGCCUGGGGCUGAUGAGUCGCGGGGGAGUGGAGCAAUAUCUGCCUCUAAUGCAGCUGUGCUUUCCAAAACACUAACACUUGAACCUGCAAUAAAAAGCAUAAGAAUUUUCA